AUGGAGAAAGGUAAGUUUUUUGUUAUUUUUUAUAUUGUUUGAAAAAAUUAUGAAAUAAAUAUCAGGUGUCAAAACUUGGUCUGCUGUUCCUGCUGGUGCACAACAUGUUUCACAGCCGCCGCCUCCGAAGAAAAUACGAGCAGCUAGAACGUGUUUAGUGUCAGAAGAUCCGAAAUAUGAAGAGAAUCCGAAUGAAUUUGAUGUCAAUUUUAAUCAUGAAACUGAUGACUCUAUUAUGGUUGUUUAUGAAGAUAAAUAUGUUAGGGUAAAUUUAUUUUUCAAUUAUUUUUAAAAUUUAUUAGAUAUUUAUACUUUUUAGAUAACGGAUAAAUAUUUGAUCAUCAAGAAAUAUUUCUUCCCUGGAAGAGAAUCAAAAAUCAUUGCGUUAUCAAAUAUUCAAAAAAUUCGAUUUCUCGGUCCAAUGUUUUCAGCACCAAAAUGGGGAAUUGAUACAGAUCGAAACACUUGGUGGGCACAUGAUUUUAUGAGGUAUAGUUUCUCUGAAUGAAUCGAAGUUUAUCGGCUGAAUUUGAUUUUAGGAACGAGCAACGAGAGAACCCAAAUGUAUGCGGCUUGAUGUUUGACGUCGGCGAGAAAGUAUUAAAAGGCACUACGGUUAAUAAUUUUGAGCGAGUUUUAGAAAUUAUUCAAUGUGAGAGACAUGAUAUUGAAUAUUGA